GCUCGCCAGCCAUGCCUGAGCCAGCCAAGUCCGCUCCCGCCCCGAAGAAGGGCUCCAAGAAGGCGGUGACCAAGGCGCAGAAAAAGGACGGCAAGAAGCGCAAGCGCAGCCGCAAGGAGAGCUACUCGGUGUACGUGUACAAGGUGCUGAAGCAGGUGCACCCCGACACCGGCAUCUCAUCCAAGGCCAUGGGCAUCAUGAACUCGUUCGUCAACGACAUCUUCGAGCGCAUCGCGGGCGAGGCGUCGCGCCUGGCGCACUACAACAAGCGCUCGACCAUCACGUCGCGGGAGAUCCAGACUGCCGUGCGCCUGCUGCUGCCCGGGGAGCUGGCCAAGCACGCCGUGUCCGAGGGCACCAAGGCCGUCACCAAGUACACCAGCGCCAAGUGAAUGUGCCACGCUGCGCGCGUCGUCGGCAGUGCGUGCAGAGACUGCGGUGCUGCUGAGGUUUCGGCCUCCCUGUGCGCUGGGAGUGGGCGCCACGGGCCAGCCUCUUAGGAACCGAAUGGGUGGACGCAUAAAAUGCAGAAUUCUAAGCUGUUUUAGGUUGUGUUACCAAAGUGUCUUUCGGCAAGGGUAGACCUGUUUUCAUGGAUUCCAACAGCGAUUCCUGUUGUGCCUACGACUUUACCAAUGCUGCAUAGAACCAUUUAAAAAGCCUGACCCAUUGGAUUUUAUUUCUUGUAAAGAGAUUUUUUUUAAGUUAACCAGCUCGUCAAUCAGUGCAAUAUAUUAAAUAUUUCCCUUCUAGAUUUGAGGAAUUAUUUUACAAUAUAUUGAAUAUUUCGCUUAUAUUGCUUCUUAAAUUUAUGUCUCACUGAUUAGUCUCUGUGUAGUGCUGGAGUAUUAUAAUUAUUUGUUUAACAUUGAAGAAUAUUUUAGUAUUUGACCCUAAUUCCCAUUUACAUGAUCAUUCAAAAUAAUUUUAUAUUAUUGUCGCCAUUUAUUCAUUUUGAAAUUAUAAAUCAUUCAGUUGCAAUGAUGAAAUAUUUUAGGAUUUUGUUUGAAACUGUUAAAUCUAUACUUAUUAGGGUGAAUUUGUUGCCUUUGAAAUGCUGAAAACUCCCAACUUCAAAAAUACUGAAUCUCAAGGUUUUUAAAUGUGUCACAGUAGGUUUUUUUUUGAUAUGUAAUUAAAAAAUUUAAAAAAAAUCUUGCAUAAUUAUAAGAGCUAUUAUAUUCAUUAAUGAAUAAGUAGUUCACUAAUGAAUUAAUAAGUAAUGCCUCUCUUGCCCUCCAGUUUUAUUGGGGUUGGGCAGGUGGAGGGGUCCUAGGGAAGUUUCUGGAGGCCCUGCCCAGAUCAACUUUUUGUUUUUUGACUGCAGGAUGACAUAAGAGUUUCAAGUCCCCACUGCCAUGACAACUCUUGGUCACUUUGGCCCUUGCUGUUUGGUUCUAACUGGAAUCUUACCGAUUCUAUGGUUAGGAGGAAUUAUCUUUCUGAGUUCUGGGAUCUGGACUGUGAAAGAGUCACAAAAGUCUCCCCCUUCAGAGUAACUUGGGUUCCUCCUAUCAACAUUAUUUUAGGCCUGCAUCUUUCCUGCAGCUGACAGGCAGUUCCUUGAGGAAUGUCACACUUCCUGUCCACUUAAGACAGGCAGGGCUGCAGGCGAAUUGCUUCUUGAAAAAGAAAAUGGGCGGAGGUCAGCACAGUAGGCCCAGUUUGAAUGAUUCCUUAACCCCAGGUUCCCACCACUCCUAGACAGGGUCUGUCUGUCACCUAUCAUGGAGACAUUUUAACCACUUCUUCCAACAGAACCUUGCAAUUUCUUGUUACUACAGGACUUUUCUACUACCCUUUAAUGAGAGAUCCUUUAGAGAAAUUUGCAUUACAAUAUUUUCUUUUUCUUUCUUUCUUUUGUUUUUUGUUUUGGUACCAGGGAUUGAACACCAUGGCACUCAAUCACUGAGCCACAUCUCCAGCCCUUUUUAUUUCUU